CUUCUGAAAUACAAAUCCUUCUGCUUCUUUUAAUUUUGUUUGAGUUUUUGAGGCUGGAAGCUGGCUGGAAGUGAUAAUAAAUUGGGGAUGCUAAAGCAUCGUUAUCAUAAUAGAAAUGAUUAAUCAGAAUAUAACAGGCUUUACAUAUAGUCAACUAAUAGAGAACCUUGUAGUGUAGUGAUAACUGAGUUAGUAUAGGUGCUACUAUGAAAAAUAACGUUCUUAUCAUAUUGAAUUAAUGAAUGUUAUUAGUUUCAAGUCACUGAUUACCGCCGUUCAAUAUUAUGCUGAAUUUGCUCUAGACCUGGAGUCAAUAAAAUGUCAUUUUUGAUAAUCGUCCGCUUUGGAAACAAUUGGCUGCUAAAUAUUCGCUCAAAACAUUAAAAUGGAUCUAGACCUUGGUUCUCGGUCACCAAUAUUUGUCAGGUCUCUUGAAAAUAUCGCCGAAGAAGAAAAGUUAUCAGAUCAUGACUCGUCUGUCAAUAGUCCUGUUGGAGUUGAUCAACUAACUGUUGAUCAGAAAAGUCGAUCUUCGUCGUCGAUCAACGACGACCGUUUGCGAGUGCCGUGCGUACCCGGGGUGCCGUCCAAUGUCGGCAGCACCGGAGAGCCGAGUCGCCGGCUGAAUCUGCCGCUGCCGUCGAUCACAGUUCGCGAGCCGGUCAAGAAGCAGAGAGUGGAGAUUGCCGUCGGCGACGGUGAGACUAGUCGGCUGCAGCUGCCGCUCAUCUCCAUCAGGAACGCCCUGGAAGCAGCCAGUGAGGAGUGGUCCAAAGUGCCGACUGUGGGCGGUGAUACAGCCAAGAUACAGACGCCGCUAAUCUCGCCCGAAAUCGAUGUUGAGGAGGCUUUCAACUAUUUCCGCGGCCUCAAUCUUCCGCAUGAUUCGAAUUCGAACUCAGUUGCCAGCGCAAGAGUGAGAUGGAAGGGAUUUGUCCAGUGGCUUCAUACACCUCCUAAACUAAGUGCUCAUCUGAAACCAGACUGUGAUUUGAUCUAUUCUAUUGUUCAAUGUAGUUUAGAUUGGGAAGAUAAUGUUCAUUGGCGUAUGUUGCAAACCAUUUACAAACAGCUAACCGGCUCAAAAAUCGACUGUCCGCAAUUCGGCUCACACUGGCAGCUUAUUGGCUUCCAGGGUUCUGAUCCUGCCACAGAUUUGAGAGGCGUUGGCCUGCUGGGUCUGCUGCAAUUCCUGUUUCUGAGCACCAAGCAGGAGUGUGCGCCCCUCGCCCGCAAACUCUACACCGUUGCCAACUCUGACAAUCAGGCGUUCCCAUUGGCUGUGCUCAGCCUCAACGUCACACAAAUAGCUUUAAAUGCUCUGCGUUCUGGAAAGUUGAACAAAGAAUGCAAUAACAGGCAAACUGUCCUCCUGGUUGUGAAUCUAUUCUAUAUUGCAGUAUUGCAUUAUAUAAUCACCAUCUGGGUUGCCGAACAGAAAACAAUCAAAGAUUCGGGGUACUUGCUCAAAGAUGCAGAGAAGUACUGUUGCAAAAAUGUGCGAAAAUUGAUUCAAGAUAUUCCUGAGCAGUUGGAAAAAUAUUCAAAAUAGCAAUCAUGUACUUUUUCUUGUCUGAAAAGAUGCCAAUUCAAUUUAUUGCGUUCCAAAUGCAAGUGUUGUUUUUCUACUACUAAUGAGAUUCUAACAAUUGUGAUAUUGUUAGCUAUCUGCAUAUUAUAAUGUACUUGACUGUGCUUUUAUAUUGAGACUUCUGAUUCUCUUGUGCUUAUCUUCUAUACUGGAGCUAUUCUAACAAUGAAUGUGAUACUAUUCCUUAGGUUGUGAUUGGAGUGAUCCCUCAACUACUUGAUAACGCGCUAGUCUCUCAUCUAGAUUUGAAUGAAUGAUCUAUCUUGAAACUCUUAAAUGUGUUCAAUAUAUUAUUAAAAAUUCUAAUCAUAUAACAUGCACUGUCUGGAUAAUUAUUAUCUACACUUCUGAAAUAAAAUUUUGAGUGGGAA